AUGGCGUUGGAAGGGAGCAUGGUACCAAGGGGUUGUUCAUUUAGACCCAAAGACGACGAACUGGUGAGCUACUAUUUGAUGAACAAAGCAACUGAAUGUCCAUGUCUAGACCUUGCUAUGAUUCUUGAGUAUGAUUUCUUGGGCGACAAGGAACCAUGGGAAAUUUGGGAUUUGUUUCAACCAUGCAUCUUUCGCUAUUGGGAUGCUCAUCAUGAAGAUCUCUACUUCUUCACAAAGCUCAAGAAGUCCAAUCCAAGAGGGAAAAGAAUUUGCUGGAAAAAGGCCAAGAAAGAAGAAGAUGAAGAAGAAGAUGGUGGAGUUAGUUGGAUUAUGUUUGAAUACUGCCUUUCUGGUUCACUUGCUAUGAUCAAUACUGAUUAUGUUCUCUGCCAAAUUCGAAAGAAAUUCCCCACCCAACUUAAUUACAAGAAAAAAAAGUACACCAACAUAUUGUACAUGCAGUGA